CCGGUGAGGCUGGUAGGAGGGGAGAGCGUUAAGGAGGGGAGAGUAGAGUUGUUCCUCCAGGGGGAAUGGGGGACGGUGUGUGACGAUGGAUGGACAGACGUAAACGCAGAGGUGGUGUGUCGACAGCUGGGAUACAGUGGAGUGGCGAAGGCCCGUGUGAUGGCGUAUUUUGGCGAGGGGGAGGGGCCUAUCCAUGUGGACAACGCGAAGUGUUCUGGCGAGGAGCGUUCGUUGGUCGACUGCCUCAAACAGCCAACCGGGUUGCAUGACUGUCGCCAUAGCGAAGACGCCGGGGUCAUCUGUGACUACGGCCAAUCACGGUUCAGCGACGCAGAGGGCAAAGGUCCGGGGGAGUCUGUGUUAGAUCCUGUCUGUGGGUUGAGGCUGAUACAAACACGCCAACGCAGAAUCAUAGGAGGAGAAAACUCACUGAGGGGAGGCUGGCCAUGGCAGGCUGCGCUGCGUCUCAGAGGCUCUCGGGGGGACGGAAGGUUGGUGUGUGGAGCGACUCUCAUCAGUUCCUGUUGGAUCCUCACCUCAGCUCACUGCUUUAAGAG